GGGAGGGGAUGGACUAUGCCCGUGCCCAGCCACCGGCACGGGGGGGUCCUGGUGCUCCAGCACAGGCUGCGGCACCGCCCGAGGGUCACCGCCGCCCCGGCUCCUUGCGCUCACCCGUACCGUAAACAGGGACUGUGGGAGCGCCAGGCGCCGUGGGGAAGCGGGGACCUGCCGCCAAAUGGACACUGCCGCGACGCAACUGAAGGUUCUGAAACACAAGAUAAGAAAGUCACUUCAGGACAAAGCAACGCUGGAACUAAACCAGAUCAUCCAACAGUACUAAGGGUUGAUGACAGGCAGCGGCUUGCCAGAGAACGAAGAGAAGAACGAGAAAAACAGCUAGCUGCGAGAGAAUCUGUCUGGUUAGAAAGAGAAGAGAGAGCACGGCAACAUUAUGAAAAACACCUAGAGGAACGCAGAAAGAAGCUGGAAGAGCAGAGACUAAAGGAAGAGAGAAGGCGAGCAGCCGUAGAGGAAAAGCGAAGGCAGAAACUAGAAGAGGAGAAGGAACGACAUGAAGCCGUUGUACGUCGCACAAUUGAAAGAAGCCAGAAGCCAAAACAAAGGCAAAACAGGUGGUCCUGGGGAGGAGCACUACACAACCGCAUUAAUAACACAGGUUAUUUUUUUGAAUCAUCAUUCACCUUUCUCGAUUUAGCAGGCCUGGAGCACCACUUCAAAUCUCUGGGUGGUGCUAGAAAACCUGAUCGAGACAGGCGGUCUGUUUCAACAAUGAACCUUUCGAAACAUGUUGAUCCAGUCAUUAACAAGCGGCUCUCCUCCUCAUCUGCAACAUUACUAAAUUCUCCAGACAGAGCUCGCCGUCUUCAGCUCAGUCCAUGGGAGAGCAGCAUCGUUAGCAGGCUCCUGACGCCCACUCACUCAUUCCUGGCUCGGAGUAAAAGCACAGCUGCAUUGUCUGGAGAUGCAGUUAUCCCCGUUUGUCCCCGUUCAGCAUCUUGCAGCCCCCUCAGUCCUCUGUCCUACAAGGCCAUGAACUGCAGGAAUUCAGGAGAACGAGCAAAACUUUAUGCUUCUACUGAUGCUGUUGGACGUCGGAGAACAACGCACCUUGCAGGGACUGACAAAAGAGAAAAGGACCAUUUGUCAUCCAGCUUCUCAGCCAACUUUAAAGGAGGUCAUUUUACUUCCAGCCUCAAAGCUAGAUCAUCAGCUCCCUCUCCAGUUUGGCAUGCGUCAAAGUCUUUGCCUUUUUUGCCUGGAACACCCAAGCAGAUAACUUCCCCACCUGGUUCCUCCAAAGUUUCCUCUGCUCAGACACGUCCUCCUUCUCCUGGCAACAUCCGGCCAGUCAAAAAAGAGAUCAAACCAGAGGGUGAGAAGAAAAGAGCAGAAAAGGAGGCUGAAAAGGCCAAUGAGGUGAGGACAGAAGAGAGUAAAGGACCUUCAGCAGGUGCUGGAGAACCUGCAAGUCAGGAACAGCUCACUGUCCAAGCAGAGCCAACUCAAGCAGCCAGCCCAUCCCUACCUCCUGCUCCACCAGCUCCUUCUCCAGCCCCAGCAGCCCCCAAGCCCUCUGCAGGUACAACUGACCCAGAAGAAGCAACAAGGCUGCUUACUGAAAAGAGGCGUCUUGCCCGUGAGCAGCGGGAACGGGAGGAGCAGGAAAGGAGGGAGAGAGAAGAGCUUGAAAGGCAAAAGAAAGAAGAGUUGUCACAGAGGAUAGCUGAAGAAAGAGCUCGCCGGGAAGAGGAGGAAGCUCGCAGACAAGAAGCAGAGAAACAAAGGAAGGAUGCAGAGGAGCGGGAAAAGGAGGAACGGCUGCGCCGCCAGGCAGAAGAGAGGGAGCAGAAGGAGAAAGAAGAGAUGGAGCGCAUUCAGAAACAAAAAGAAGAGGAAGCUCGCCUGCGGGAAGAGGCAGAGCGGAUUCGAUUAGAACGUGAAAAGCAUUUCCAAAGAGAAGAGCAAGAGCGCUUGGAAAGGAAGAAGAGGCUUGAGGAGAUCAUGAAGAGAACUAGGCGUGUAGAAGCUGUAGAUAAGAAACCCAAUGACCAGCAAAAUGGACAUAUAGCAAAGGCAAAUAUCACUGGAGAAGCAGUCGCAGCCGGUCCUGCCUCUCCCUUGGAGCCUGCAGCAGGGCCUCAGCUCCAGCACGCAGUGCCACCUCCGCACAAUGGGACUCCGGCCGCCUGCACGCGCGUGGUGGCUCCAAACCAGCCCCCCAUAAAUGUGGACAGGUAGUGCCAGAAUAUGCAUGGAAAAACUUGAAUGUGGGAAGCCAUUGUGCAGUCUGUAAUGGACACAGCUUCAGGGUGUGAUUGGCACUAAUUGAAGGAGGAAUUUGCCCUUUCUCGAUCCCUCCAUAUGCCUGGGGGAUCUCAGCCUGCUGUCAUGCUGACAAGGAUGCUCCUGCUGAGGGAAGUUCUGUCAGUGACACUGAGCUACAUUGGAUGAGCUGCCUCAUAAUUGUCUUGGGCAGCUAUUAAAAUGUUAAUCACUCCCAGCCUUACAAGCACCUUGAUGUUUGAAAUACAAAAUGUGCCACGCUAAUGAGUGCUGUCCUCUACCAUUAUAAUCUGUGUGGAAGGAACCUCAGAAUGCCCACAGUGAAGAACGAAUAAAUGAGAUCAAAGAACACUGACAAAAGUAGGAAGAGCAUGUAAGGUUGUAGAAGGGAGAACUGGCAUGCCAGGUUGGAAUGUGUCUGCUUCAGAGGUGCAUCCACAGUGACCGGGAAGGUGAAGCCUGAAGCACUUGGUAGUGUCCCAUAGAUUUUGUCACAUGGUAAAAGCCACAGGUGCCAACACCACUGCUACUGCAUCUUGUGUGCUGUGGUUGUCUGGCAGCCAGAUACACCUGACAUGGUAGCACACACAGGGGCAGUGGGUGCAAGUUGUCUCCUGAGUGAGCACCUCACUCAUAAUCAGCCCUCAGCAAGAUCUGGCUUUUGUCUGAAAAAGACUUCAUCAUUUUUUAAGGGCAAGAGUGCUGAGAUUUCUGACCAGAAGUUAAAAAGCUGUUACCUGGGGAACUUGUGUCAUGUGCUUGUGUGGGUGAGCGGACAGUGUGAUGCAGAAUCCUACAGCUGCCUAAUCCAUAGCCCUCUUGCAGAUUUUUGCUUGUACUCCAUUCUCUAAUUCUUUGCCCAUGAUAGAUCGUGUCUGCUACUUCUUAGAAAAAGUUAUUUCAGUACUGUGGUUUAUGUUGACAGUACUUUCCUUAUGGUACUUACUCUGUAAUUCCUCUUUUCUGUGCUGUUUCCUACAAACACUUGCAAUGCAGUGCAAAAUGCCUCGGUGAGCACAGGUCACCUCAUGUCUCCAUCCUGUGUGCAUGGAGUUGGGUCUCUGGGUAGGUUAGAUAACCAGUUUUUAGAAAUACACAGUUGGUCUGGGUGAUUGCCUUCAUAUCUUGUCCUGGAAAAGAAAACUCCUUAUUGCUGGCUGGUUUCAGUGCUGUUGUCUCAGUGGAUUAAAAAUAAGCACCAUUUAUCAUCCAAAAGUCUGGCGUCCGUUUUGCUGUUAAUGUCUAUCUAUGUCUCCUCUGCAAAAAUCCUCUCGAUAAAUGAGGUGACUGACAUUGUCCUUCAGAUCAGAAAUACCAGCUGUGAAGAUAUUUUGGCAUUUUUCAAAGGCCUGCAAGUCUGUAUUUUAUUUUUUCCUAUUCAGUGAUGCUUUCCGAUGAAUGGUGAGAAACAGAUAUACUGAAUUCUGGCCUUCUUUCUUUAUUUUUAGUCUCUUGUAAUUCUAAUUUCAAUCUGUGGCUACAUAGAGUUUUGGCUAAAAUUAUCUACAACAGAUAUAAUUUUCAGUAAUUGUAAAUUUUUUGGAAGUUCCAGUUCCUUUAAGUCAACUGGCUUCUUUUUUCUCAACAUCUUCCAGUCUAUCUUGUUAAUAUUGAUGUGUCCUGGUCUGAAGCUGCAGAGAUGCUUUUCAGCUGCCAUGGAGAUGUCCUUCAGAUGCUUGCAAGAUUGUUAUGUUUGGAAAUGCACUCUGAACAACUCAGGCAACUUUUUUUCCCCCCUCUAUUACAUAAGUGUCUUGCUACAAGCAUACUUAUGGAAUAUAUUAGAAUGCCAAAAUUAUCCAGUUCUUUCUGCAGAAUUGUAUGCCUGAAAAGGACAUCUCUGGUGUUGCAUUAGACACUUAGACAACAUUAAGAAUGUAACAUAAGACAGAAAGAACAGCUGUAGCAGGUCAAAAGCCCUUUUUUAUUUUUUUGUGUUCUUUGCUUUAAUGGCCUGUAGUACAAUGUAAAGGGGGAAAAAACCAUAAUUACCAGGAGAUCCUCUGGCCAAUGAAGGGUUGCUAAGCAUUGUGGUCCAAAUGCAACCAUAGGCUCAAGGAGUCCCUAAGCUGCUAAUUACCAGAAGCUGGAGGGCAUACCAAUCUCCUAGGAAUUUAUCUAAUCUUCUUUUGAGCUUGUGGCCUCUAAGAUGUCCAGUGGAAAUUAAUUCCACUGUUCUAUUUUCUCCUUUGUUUUGUCUAAAUUUGCUCCUCUAGCAAUUAGGUGGAUCAAGCAGCAUAGAAUCUAAAAGAUUUUAUACCACAAAAUUUAGAGUAUUUAUAGUCCUGAUUUCCUUUUCUGUACCUUGUUCGUGAUUGCAGAGACUCCUCUGUCUCAAAAGGCAUCAUUCAAGUCUGAAUGAAUCCUGAUCUAACUCUGUGUGUAAUACUGGCAGUGCAAUGACAAAUACUAAAUAUGAAGAAUUAUUUUUUCAUUGUCAGCUGAUAAAUUGGGUAGAAAAAUUCUGUUUGCAGAAGCAAGAAGCUUCUUCAUUGCUCUAAUACUUGUUGAACUACCGUGCUGUUUAAUUUAUCUGAAUGAGCAGUUGCUCUCUUCGUACCUCUUGCUUACCCCAUUCAUCAAACUUGGCAUGUUAUCCUAGCUCUAGUACGGUUAUUGGCAGUAGAUCGGGAUAAAAUAAGUAAUAGGAUACUUUAUAGUGAAUAAUAACCUAAUGACUGUACAUUACAGAGCAGGUUUUAAUAGACCUAAAGCAUUUCACAGAUUCUGCUCUUUGUCUUGCAGAUGUGGAUCUCUGGCACAAAAGGGUGAUGUGGUUUAGGAGCUCUCCAGGCAGCCAGCAGGGUUUCUGUGUCUGCUCCCAAAUUCAAUGCAGUGAAACAUAUUUUUCACUUUGAAAUUUGCCCAGCAUAUCCACAGUUGAAAAAAAAGGAGUGCCUUUCUGAGAAAGAACUGGCGAUGGUUUGAAAAACCUGGGAAGGCUUGAUAUGAACAGCAGCAUGUGAUUCUCACAGGAAAUCUGGGCUUUGGAUAAAGCAUUGCCACUUUCAAAAGAGCAAUGAUUGUUUUCUGUCUCUUGGGGAAUACUGUAAAACAAUUCUUUAAUUGUUGGUGCAGAGUUGUAAACACAAAGAAGCCAGCAAAUGAAAAUAUACUGUAUGCCAAUUAUAAGCAGGUUUCUUUUUAAGACUAGUAAAUGUGCUGUCAGGAGAAAAUUAGCCUGUGAAACCAAGCCACCUACUGAGAAAUGGCCUAAGGAAAUUGAUAGCCAAGUUUCAAUCUAGGAAAAUUGCAUCUGAGCCUUUGUGACUGAAACAUUUCCAAACAACCUGAACACUUAUGAUGUGGUCCAAAUAGGGAAUAGGUACUCAAGGUUGUCAGGAUCUAACUGUUCAGGACCUUAAGAAGCACCUGUGAAAGAUCAUAAGAUUUUUGAGUAUUUGUUGAGUACAAGCUCUUGCUUGAGGAGCUUAAGGUCCCAUUACUUUCAUCCUGUUCACUGAAGUAGCAUCUUAAUUUCUCCCCUCUGGCAGGAUAGGACAUGCCAUCUGCAGAGUGAGAGGGAUUUGGCAAUUGCAGCACCUAAUAAAGGGGUUGGGAGAGUCAUGCAAGACAUGAGCAAGUAUCAUCAGGGGAGAGUACGUGCAACAGCAGAGUGUCUGUGCUUGUGCUGCUCUUGACUGGGGGAGAUGUAUAAGAGCUCGCUCAUAAGGCAUCUCUGUCAUGUGGGAGAUGGGAAAUGAAAGUGCAGAUUGACAGGAGGAGGGAGGGAGGCGCUUUUGGCUUGGACAUGAUCAACAGGAGAAAUGUGGAGCUGCGUAGUGUCUUGGAAAUAAACCCUCAGAGCUUGUCUGGGAGGAGGGACUGAAAGGAGCACUGCAUUGACAAGGGAGUUUUUUCUCUGGGUAAGUGGCAUAUAGAAGAGGCUGCUCCAGAACUGGUGGCAGGAGGUGAUCCAAGAAAUAAUAAAAAUUACAGUGAUCUUAUCUAAGGGCAAUCACAUUGAUUUGCAAUAAGAGGAAGGGUACAACAAAGACUAUGAGAUCUGAAAAAGAUGUUAGAGGCUGUAAAUUGCAUUAUGUGCAGGGUUCCAGGUAGUGGUGGUGCUGCAGUCACUUCUCAGACUGAGGUGGCCACAGAGCACCCUGUAGUUCUGGCUCUCAUGUAGCCAAAAGUAACUACUAUCCCGUGGGUUUGAGGGAAGGAAUACCAAGUACUUGGCUGUGAAAAGAGUACUUCCUACUCUUGUAGAAGCAUAGUUUUGUUUUCUCUGGCUAAAAGAAUGCUUGGGAUUGAUGCAGACUUCUCUUACAUUAGUACUAUAGCUUUGAGGAUGACUAAAUUUCUGUUCUAGAUAAAGUAUUAAGGAAAAAUUUCUAUGUUUCUCUUUCAGCAAUCUCAAUCCAGAGAAAAACGCAAAUGAAAAUGGAAUGUCUAUGCAGAAUGAUAACUUUGAAGAGAUCAUGAACCUGCCUCUUGGUUCUAAACCAUCCCGGCUGGAUGCUAU